AUGUUCGAACACCGGAACGAGAGCCGCGAUGCUUCGGAGGAAAAGCAGAAGGGCGAUGGUGAUGAGCUCCCAGUCACGCCGUCUGACAGUUCGUCAGAGACGCCCGAACGCGAUCAAGAACAAACGGAAGAAGAUGACCAACAUGUGUACCCCAGUGGUGUUCAGGUCUUCAUCGUUGUCGGUGCUCUCGCGCUCACUGGUUUCCUUACUGCUCUCGACAGAACCAUCCUGUCCACGGCAAUACCGAAGAUCACGGACGAGUUCAACGCAUUGGGAGACACUGGUUGGUUCAGCGCGGCCUAUCUCCUCACAUCUUGUGUUUUGAUUCUCUUCUUCGGUCGAAUCUACACUUUCUACAGUCCGAAGAUUGUCUUCAUCGUGUCACUCCUGAUCUUCGAGAUCGGAUCUGCCAUUUGUGGCGCCUCACAAAACUCUGCCACCUUCAUCAUUGGACGUGCCAUUUCCGGAAUUGGCAGCGCGGGCGUCACAGAUGGCAAUAUCGUUCUCCUCCAGUACACUGUGCCUUUACGCCAGCGACCUGCAUGCAAUGCGGCAUUUGGCAUGACAUUCGGUGUCGCAAGUAUCCUCGGACCGUUUCUCGGCGGUGUCUUCACCAGCAAUGUGUCAUGGCGCUGGUGUUUCUACAUCAAUCUGCCCAUUGGCGGAGCGGCACUAGCUGCCAUAUUUUUCCUGGUCAAACCGACUCCGAUCAAAUCAAAAGAGACUUCGCUGCGCCGUCAAGCUCUUCUUCUGGAUCCAGCGGGCACUGUGUUCAGUGUCGCGUCACUCACAUGCCUGAUCAUCGCCUUUCAGUGGGGUGGAACCACCUACUCCUGGUCAGAUGCUCGUAUCGUCGCUCUGCUCGUCGUCUUCGGUGUGCUUUGGAUCGCCUUCGUCCUGGUGCAGGUGUUCUUCCAAGAGACCUCCUCUGUCCCGGCCCGGAUAAUUAAAAAUCGCGAUGUAUUGGCCGCCAUCUGGUUUGCUUUCAGUCACGGUUCUGGCCUAUUCACGAUGAUAUUAUACAUCCCGAUGUAUUUCCAGGUUAUCAAGGACGCCAGCGCCAUCAAAUCCGGUAUAAUGACUUUCCCUAUGGUUAUAGCGCUUGUCAUCGGCAUCAUCUCUGGAGGUGUCCUUACCGGUCAAAUUGGCUACUAUGUUCCUUUCGCGUACAUCUGCUGUGUAUUGACCUCGAUUGGCUGUGGCUUGAUCGGGACAUGGGAUCCGGACACUGCCCACCCAGCAUGGAUCGGCUACCAGGUGUUGAUCGGCUUGGGAUACGGAUGGGGCUUCCAGGUUGGGAUCAUAGCGCCACAAGCAGCAUUACCCCGGGACGAUGUAGCCACCGGCACGGCUUUGGCACAAUUUGCGAGACUCCUGGGUGGUACAAUCUUCACCACCCUGGGGCAAAACCUCCUCACGACACAUCUUGCUUCUCGUCUGCCAGCUUUGAUUCCUGGCUUGACUCGGCAACAAGUAAGUGAUUUGGGCGCGACUGAACUUCGGACGUUGGUCUCACCAAGCGACCUACCGGAGGCGCUAUCGAUCUACAACGAUGGGCUGCGGUUGCCAUUCUAUGCUUCAGCUGGCAUAUCAGCUUCCAUGAUCUUUGCUACUGUGGCAUUCAGGUGGCUCAGCGUCAAGGAUCCGGAAAGACAGGGCGGCGUGACAGAAAAGGAGAAGAAAGCACGAGAAGAGUCGAAGCAAGAAGCUGCAUAG